AUGCAAGCCUCGCUGAUUGAGCAGGAGCUCGAGCCAGCGGACGCGCCCGCCCCGGGCCCCUCCUGCGCCGAGCCCGCGGGCGAGUUUGGCCCGCGCUGGACGCCAGUCGAUUUUGUGGGCGGCUCUCCCGGCUCGCGGGUUUUUCCUUCGGCGGUCGUUUCAGGUGCGUGCGUGUACAUCUUUGGCGGCCACAACGGAACGACAUACCGCAACGACCUGCUCGUCCUGUCCCUCGAGACGCGCUCGUGGACCGUCGACUCUGAAGUCGAUGGCGACGGCCGCCCCACGCCGCGAGACGCGCAUGCAGCCGUCCUGCUCGGCGGCCGGCUGUACGUGUUCGGAGGCUACGACUCGAAGCGGUACCUCGCGGACUUCCACUCUUACGGCCCGCUCGCUACCGCACCACCCACGGGACUGAACCCAGACUGGGUUCGAUACCCUGGAGGUAUGGUACACGUAGGCCUCGACAGCGGCGAGUGGCGCGUCGAGGCCGCCUCCGGCUCCCCCCCCUCCCCACGGGGCGGCCACGCCGCAGUGGUGCAUGGCAGCCGGCUGAUUGUGUUUGGCGGCUGCGACGGGUGGAAUUACUUCAACGACACGCUCGCCUUCGACGUGCACUCCGCCGAGUGGGCGCCGGCGGCGGCACAGACAGUGCGCAUCGAGGGCGUCUCGCACGCGGCCUUCAAGCAGGUGCUGCACUACUUGUACUCUGGCCGGCCGCGCGAGAUGAACGCCGAGGCGGCGCUCGAGGUGCUCGCCGCCGCCAACCUCUACGGCGUCGAGCCGCUCAAGAGGGCCGCUGCGGAGAUCAUCGGCCGCAGCUUGACGCCCGAGAACGCCGCGGCGGUCCUCUCCGCCGCCGACUCGUACCAGGCGCCGGCGCUGCGCGCCCAGGCGACGGCAUUCAUCGUCCGCCACUUCGCCGCCGUCGUGCAGACAGACGCCUUCGCCGAGUUGGUCUCGGAGCGGUCGCGGCCGCUGCUGCUCGCGCUGCUGCGCGAGGUUGGCACCGUCGUCUCGCCCGCGGGGCUGGCGGCGUCGGACGGGCUGCUCGGCGUGGCGGGCGGGCUGCCAGCCGGCGGCUACGCCCGCCGCCGCCCGGACGCGCGCUCGCCGGCGGACGCGGUGAGGCAGCUAGACGAGCUCGGCAUCCGGGGCAUUGCCGAUGCGGAGUGAGAGAGCGCGCACACGUACACAAAGUAUGGCCGCACACUCCACACACAAUGCGUGUACACACGCCGCAAGGGAAAACGGGGAUUUUCUUGUGUUUCGUUCCUAGCGAACGUUUUGCGUUUGUUUUCCCGAAGGAUUUCACCGCCUC